AUGAAUUACGCUGCUGAAGAUCUGCUUCGCCAGAUUCCUUUGCACAAUGCACAUAGCUCGUAUCUCCCGCAGGCAUUGCGAAAAUUAGAACUGUCACCCAUAACUUUGCCGGAACCGACAGUUGCGGACCAGCAUUUGCAAGCUUGGAUAGAAGAGUGUGAUCAGCUACUACAAGCAAUUGAAACUCGGCAGCAUCAGACUGUUCAAUUCGAUACGUGGUUUGAGGAAACGUGUUUGUCUAAACGGCCGCCGGGAAUGACGACUGGAGGUGUGCUUUCCCCAGGCAAGCCCAAGCGGGACGGACAGUGA